AGCCUCAAAGGUGGUGCUGUGACUGUCCCAGAAACGCUGCUCUUCAUCUCCACACUGGAUGGGAACCUCCACGCCGUCAGCAAGAGCACAGGGGACAUCAAGUGGACCCUGAAGGAUGAUCCCAUUCUGCAGGUGCCGGUCUAUGUGGCAGAGCCAGCAUUCCUUCCAGACCCCAAUGAUGGCAGCCUGUAUAUCCUGGGAGGAAAGAACAAGGAAGGCUUGAUGAAGCUGCCGUUCACCAUCCCGGAGCUGGUGCAGUCCUCGCCGUGCCGCGGCUCGGAUGGGGUGCUGUACACCGGGAAGAAGCAGGACAGCUGGUUCAUUGUGGACCCCAAAUCAGGGAAGAAGCAGACCACCCUCUCAACAGAGGCCUGGGAUGGUCUGUGCCCAUCCAGCCCCUUGCUCUACAUCGGACGCACCCAGUACGUCAUCACCAUGUAUGACACCAAGUCGCGGGAGCUGCGCUGGAAUGCCACCUUCUCCGAGUACUCGGCCCCGCUCUGCGAGGAGUCCUACCAGUACAAAAUGGCACACUUGGCCUCAAGCGGCGACGGGCUGGUGGUGACUCUGGACAAGGAGAGCGGGGAGGUCCUGUGGGCGCAGAACUAUGGCUCACCUGUGGUUGGCAUCUACCUGUGGCAUCAGGACAGCCUGCGCCGCCUGCCCCACCUCAACGUGGCCAUGGAGACCCUGCGCUACCUGACCUUCCAGUCACAGGACAUCCACGUCCUCAAGUGGAGCUACCAGUCCGUCAAGGACUUCGCUGCCACCAAGACCCAGCUGCUGCCGGCGCUCUACGUGGGGAAGCACGCCACCAGUUUCUAUGCUGUGACCUCCCUGGUGCACGGCAGCGUGGCGCUGGUGCCCCAGGGCAUCACGCUGGCCAGGAUCGACGGCCCCACCACGGAGGACGUGACCAUGAGGGAGUCCGGGGAGUGCGAGAUCAUGCCCAGCACGGAUGUCAAAUACCCACAGGGCAGCAUCGCCUCACUUCCCAACCAGUGGCUCCUCAUAGGGCACCAUGAGCUGCCUCCUUUGGUCCACACCACGAUGCUGAGAGCCUUCCCAGAGAACCUGAGGAAAACCACGGAAACCAUCAUCCCCAGGGCUCCUCCCAGCAGGACCGUGUUCGACCAUUUCCUGGCCCCAAGCAGCCCCGAGGAGCCAGCUGUCCGCAGCGAGGGGCAGCUCCAGGCAGACCCUGUGCCAGGGGAGCAGCUGGAGGUGUACCCCGAGUCUGGCACCUGGGACCUGGUGAUGGCAGGCGUCGGCACGGCUCUGCUGGGCGGGGGAAUCCUGGUCCUGCUGCUCAUGAAGCUGCAGCGGCAGCAUGUGGCCCAGCAGCAGCAGCUGGAGGAGCAGAUACAGCUCCUGCAGCAGCAGCAGGAGAUGCUGCUCUCGGGCCGAGUCUCCAGGGAGGGGGUCCCUGAGGAGCCCAGGGAGCUGGAGCUGAGCCAGGGCAGUGCCUCAGAGCUCUCACAGAGCUCCAGCCCCUCCGCCUGCCUGAAGGAGCCGGCUAACGGGACAGUCAGCCCAGAGCCAGCUGUCCCAGUGCCUGCUGAAGAUGCAGAACCAGACCUGGUUGUAGUUGGGAAAGUUUCUUUUAACCCCAAAGAUGUGCUGGGCCACGGAGCUGGAGGAACCUUUGUCUUCAGGGGGCAGUUCGAGGGUACGUGGAGAGCCCCAGCUUUGAGCGCCGUGGGCUGGACCCGGUGUCCGUGCUGCGUCAGACCAUGUCGGGGCUGGCCCACCUGCACUCCCUCAGCAUCGUGCACCGUGACCUGAAGCCCUGCAACAUCCUCAUCUCUGUCCCGAACCGCCACGGGCAGAUCCGCGCCGUCAUCUCCGACUUUGGCCUUUGCAAGAAACUCCAGGGGGGCCGGCAGAGCUUCAGCCUCCGCUCCGGGAUCCCCGGCACUGAGGGCUGGAUCGCGCCCGAGGUGCUGCAGGACGCCCCGAAGGAGAACCCUACCAGUGCUGUGGACAUCUUCUCAGCCGGGUGCAUCUUCUACUACGUGAUGUCGGGGGGCCAGCACCCCUUUGGGGACAGCCUGCGGCGCCAGGCCAACAUCCUGGCGGGCUGCUACCAGCUGAGCUGCCUGCAGGAGGAGGCUCACGACAAACUCGUUGCGAGGGAGCUGAUUGUGGCGAUGAUCAGCGCCGAGCCCCAGCGCCGGCCCUCGGCCCCUGUGGUCCUUGUGCAUCCCUUUUUCUGGAGUCAGGAGAAGCAGCUGCAGUUCUUCCAGGACGUCAGUGACCGUGUGGAGAAGGAGCCAGUCGAGGGGCCCAUCGUCUCAGCCCUGGAAUCGGGGGGACGGGCGGUAGUGAGGACCAACUGGAGGAUGCACAUCUCCCUCCCACUGCAGAUGGACCUGAGGAAGUUCCGCACCUACAAGGGGGGGUCAGUGCGUGACCUGCUGCGGGCCAUGAGGAACAAGAAGCACCAUUACCACGAGCUGCCGGCCGACGUGCAGGUGGCCCUGGGCUCCGUCCCCGAGGGCUUUGUGGAGUACUUCACCUCCCGUUUCCCGCGGCUGCUGCUGCAUACGCACGGGGCCAUGCGGCUCUGUGCCCACGAGCGCACCUUCCGCUCCUACUACUGCCAGGGCCUGAGGGGCGAUGGCGCCUGAGGGCUGCGGGUCACACACGACAGCUGUGGGCCAUGCCCGAGGGCUGCAGGUCACACACGACAGCUGUGGGCCAUGCCUUAGGGGCAACGGUGCCUGUGGGCUGCGGGUCACACCUGAAGGCCGUGCGUCAGGCCCAAGGACCAUGGGCUAUGCCCGAGGGCUGUGGCUGCUGCUCCCCGCCUGGGCCCUCUCUCAGUGCCCUGCUGCCAGCCAGGCGAGGGCUCAGCAGAUGAGGGAUGGGACAGCACCGUGCUCUCACCUGGGGGACCCUCUGGGCAGCCAACACUCUGCCAACACUCACAGCCAGACUCAGGUGUGAAGGCAUUUGGGUCAGAAAACAAAGACAUCUCAGGUGGAUACAGUGCUUGGAGAAGAAAGAGGAAAACACAUUGUGUUUUCACAGUGGGGCCCUGGCACAGCGAUGCCCUCAGGCUGCCAUCAGCCUCAGGGGACAUUCACCAGGAACAGGAGGCUUUGUCCCACAGGUUCUCUCCUGUGCCAAGGGCCUGGGGAUGCAGCUCCUUGAGCUGUGCCCAGGACCAGGCCCCCAGUCCUGACACUGGAGCUGCCCCCCAGCCCCAGCAGGGCUGUGCUCACCAGGCCAGGCCCAGCAGCCGCCCUGAGGCUGGACCUGCCUCUGGCACCCAGGCUGUGGGGCACAGCCCCACCAUAGGGGGGUGUGAAUCUCAGCUGUGCCCAGAACAGGGCUUUCUCCCUUACGAGCCCCAGCAGCCUGUACCAGGCCUGGUGGCACAGCAGUCCAAGAACAGUUGUCUCUGGGCACAAAGGAGGGCAUUCCUUGCCCCUGGGAUCCCUCUCUCAAAGACAGGCCUGUGCCUGCAGCUCCCCCAGCCUCUCCUGCUGCCCAGGGCAGGUAUCCCAUGGGUGCUGUGGUUCAUGGCAUGCCCAUGGGCAUGUGGGCCCUGCAAGCCAGCGUCCAGCACCAGCUGAGCCUAUGGACACAGAGAGCCCCACAGCAAAGCUCCUCUGUGGAACAGCAAUAAUUUUGUAUAGUUUGAUUCCUCUGCAUACUGGGGUGUGGGAUUUUGUUACACAGAUAACAGGGUUUGUACCAGAUUUCUUUUCAGAAUGUAUUUAUACAAAAUGUUAUAAAAAAUUAAAAAACAUCGACUAAAGAUUGUCCUGCUUAUAAAAACAAACUGGCCUAAGAGCACCUCUAGUUGCUGGCAGUGAUGGUGGAGUGCAACAGGCAGGUCACUGGGCUCCUGCUGCCUGAGAGGACUUGUGCUGAUUCUUUAGCCAUAAUUAGUCAUGGAGCCAAGGAAGAGGCAAGCCCAGGCCAAGGGUAAGAGGAUGUCUCAU